CAGACUGGGGUGUGUGAGCCACAUCUGGAAUAGUAGCUACAGAGGAAAGGAGACGCAGAACCUCGGUGAUACUUUCCCAACUCUCCGCUCUAAUACUCCCUUUUUUCCACGGAAACAAAUCUCUUGCUUUGCCUUUUUCUCCACUUGAAAAUGCUGCUCAUCCUGCUUGGAGUGCUGAUCUUGCACUUAAUCAUUCUCAUUCUUCUCAUCGUGUCAACAGCAGCCAGUACCUGGUCUGUAGGAGGGGACAGGACCACAGAUCUAUGGUACAAUUGCGCGACAACUAAUGGAGGCUACCACUGUUCGCCAGCCAGCAAUGAAGAAUGGAUCCAGGCAGUGCAAGCCCUCAUGAUCCUGUCCUUGCUAUUCUGCUUCUUCUCCCUCAUUGCAUUCCUGUAUCAGCUGUUCAGACUGGUCAAGGGCGGACGCUUCUUCUUCACUGCCAUCUUCCAGAUCCUGGCUAGUCUGUUUGUGAUGUGUGGGGCAAUCAUCUACACUGUGAUGAAUCCGGAUGAUGCUACUGUCACACAUUAUGGAUACGCUUACGUGCUGGCCUGGGUGGCUUUCCCUCUCUGUCUCAUCAGUGGCCUCAUUUAUAUCGUCCUGAGGAAGAAAGAAUGAGAAAAAAAAGCAGAGGAGAAAAGAGGAGGGGUAGUAAGGAGACCCCUAACCACAACAUCGCACUGUGCCUACUGCCCACAGACCAUAGACUGACAUCCCAACAAUACAACAAAAGUGUAUGUGUCAUUAACUGUUGUAAACGCAAAAAGAAGACAUUUAUCACUGCUGGGAAUUUUUUUUGUUGUUGCUGUAUUUCAGUACCCAUUAUUUUGCCAUCACAUGCUGAAAAACAUCACAUGUAUUUACUUUGUGAGUUUUAACAAAAGCUCAGUGUCACUACACGAUUCCUUUAGUGACAGCAUAUCUUGAAAAUGUGUUUAGAAAAGCGUUGGUGACAUAUUGACUUUUGUUGCAUACUGGCAUCCUACAGUGCUUCCACAAAUACAUCGAGUGUGAUAACAAAGACAAGUAAUCCUGUCUUGAUUCAGUACAAAGAUGUACAUAGUGUCUGUGGUUUUUAGACAUAUUUAUAACAUUUUUACAUACAUUUUUGUACAUAGUGUUGUCAAGUUAACAUUGUCAUGCUCAUUUAUGUGAUAGAGUUUGUGUCUCACAAAUCAUGCAGCUGUGCCAAAGAGAUGUCGCUUCAACUGCCAAAGUAUCAAGCUUUUUUUCUCUGUUUUUGUUGUUUUUGAGUGUCAAAUGCUUUGGACAUUGUGCCUUAACUUAGAAUAUCUGUGUUUUUCUUGAAGGAAAUGAGAAAAUCCUCAAAAAUUAAAGAAAUAACAAUAAAGAAGAAUUAUUUUUUUUCUGAAUUAUUAUACUUGAUAUUCCAAAUAACAAAAUGUUGCAUUUUGUAAUCUAGUUUUAAGAAAAUGGUGCUUUUUAUCUACUAUUCUUGAAAUGUAUAGCCCACUUUGUGUUUGUGUAUCUACCUUGCAAGUGUGUCAUGUCCUGUGAUUAAUUUGCUUUGUACAAACCCAAGUUUGCAUUUUUGUCAGUAUUCUUCUAAAUAAACCUUUGGAAAUGAA